GAAGGGCCUGAGGGCGGGGCAGGGAGCAGGCCGGGGGAUGCGGGGAGGGGACGCUUCCCGCGGGUGCGCGGAGCUAGGACGGUGACAGCCACGCGCGCACGUGCGCGCCUGGCUGGAGAGCGGCCCCUGAGACCUCUGUUGGCCGCUGAGAGGCGCGCAGGGUCUGGGCAGCCGCCGUCUAGGGCCCCCGUCCCUGGGCGUCCCCAACGUCCCCAGCCCGAGUCCCGGCGAGAGCCGGGCGGUGCCCGCCUUGUCUGUCCCUGAUCGCGAUCUCUCCCCGCGGCCAUCAGGGCCCGCCCCCCAACUCCCCUUUCCGUUCCCAGGGCACGGUCCUCGCGGCCCAUGCUGGCCGCUGGGGGCCCGCGCCGCUCAGACAGCUCCCGGGCCGGCCGGCCGGCCACCAUGGUGGCCCUGAGGCCUGUGCGGCUUCUCCAGGGAGGCUAAAAGGUCCAGAGUGCAGGCCCCGGGGCCCCAGGUUCCCGGGCCUGAGCCCCACGCCAUGGCCGGGGCCAUCGCUUCCCGAAUGAGCUUCAGCUCUCUCAAGAGGAAGCAGCCCAAGACGUUCACCGUGCGGAUCGUCACUAUGGACGCGGAGAUGGAGUUCAAUUGCGAGAUGAAGUGGAAGGGGAAGGACCUCUUUGACUUGGUGUGCCGGACCCUGGGGCUUCGGGAAACCUGGUUCUUUGGCCUGCAGUACACGAUCAAGGACACCGUGGCCUGGCUCAAGAUGGACAAGAAGGUGCUGGAUCAUGAUGUUUCAAAGGAAGAACCAGUCACCUUUCACUUCCUGGCCAAAUUUUAUCCUGAGAAUGCUGAGGAGGAGCUGGUUCAGGAGAUCACGCAACACCUAUUCUUCUUGCAGGUAAAGAAGCAGAUUUUAGAUGAAAAGAUCUACUGCCCUCCCGAGGCUUCGGUGCUCCUGGCUUCUUACGCCGUGCAGGCCAAGUACGGCGACUACGACCCCUCUGUUCACAAGCGGGGAUUUUUGGCCCAAGAGGAACUGCUUCCAAAAAGGGUAAUAAAUCUGUAUCAAAUGACUCCAGAAAUGUGGGAGGAGAGAAUUACAGCCUGGUAUGCAGAGCACCGAGGCCGAGCCAGGGACGAAGCAGAAAUGGAAUAUUUGAAGAUCGCUCAGGACCUGGAGAUGUACGGUGUGAACUACUUUACAAUCCGGAAUAAAAAGGGCACGGAGCUGCUGCUUGGAGUGGAUGCUUUGGGGCUUCAUAUUUAUGACCCUGAGAACAGGCUGACCCCCAAGAUCUCCUUCCCGUGGAAUGAAAUCCGAAACAUCUCGUACAGCGAUAAGGAGUUUACUAUUAAGCCCUUGGAUAAGAAAAUUGAUGUCUUCAAAUUUAACUCCUCAAAGCUUCGUGUUAAUAAGCUGAUUCUCCAGCUGUGUAUCGGAAACCACGACCUUUUUAUGAGGAGGAGGAAGGCUGAUUCUUUGGAAGUUCAGCAGAUGAAAGCCCAGGCCAGGGAGGAGAAGGCCAGAAAGCAGAUGGAGCGGCAGCGCCUCGCUCGAGAGAAGCAGAUGAGGGAGGAGGCCGAACGCACAAGGGAUGAGCUGGAGAGGAGGCUGCUGCAGAUGAAGGAGGAGGCGACGAUGGCCAACGAAGCCCUGAUGCGGUCCGAGGAGACAGCCGACCUGUUGGCAGAAAAGGCCCAGAUCACUGAGGAGGAGGCGAAGCUCCUGGCCCAGAAGGCAGCAGAGGCCGAACAGGAGAUGCAGCGGAUCAAAGCCACAGCCAUCCGGACAGAGGAAGAGAAGCGCCUGAUGGAGCAGAAGGUGCUGGAGGCCGAGGUGCUGGCGCUGAAGAUGGCUGAGGAGUCAGAGAGGAGGGCCAAGGAGGCCGAUCAGCUGAAGCAGGACCUGCAGGAAGCCCGUGAGGCAGAGCGAAGAGCCAAGCAGAAGCUUCUGGAAAUCACCACCAAGCCCACGUAUCCGCCGAUGAACCCCAUCCCAGCACCGUUGCCUCCUGACAUACCAAGCUUCAACCUCAUUGGCGACAGCCUGUCUUUCGACUUCAAGGAUACGGACAUGAAGCGGCUUUCCAUGGAGAUAGAGAAAGAAAAAGUGGAGUAUAUGGAGAAGAGCAAGCAUCUGCAGGAACAGCUCAAUGAACUCAAGACAGAGAUCGAGGCCUUGAAACUCAAAGAGAGGGAGACGGCCCUGGAUAUUCUGCACAACGAGAACUCUGACCGGGGUGGCACCAGCAGCAAGCACAAUACCAUUAAAAAGCUCACGUUGCAGAGCGCCAAGUCCCGAGUGGCCUUCUUUGAAGAGCUCUAGCAGGUGACCCGGCCACUCCAGGAUCGGCCACUUCUGCUCCGGCACAGGCGGGAUGGGUCAGACAUGGCGGGAGCUGGCCGGGAGCUUCCACCGGGAGCUCUGAAACUUCCUCCAGCUGAGCGGAGAGCCCAACCCCCUUCAUGUGCAAUUGCCUUGAACUACGACCCUGCAGAGAUUGCUCUCAUGGUUCUAGUUCUCCUGACCUGAGUCUUUUAAUUUUUUUUUUUAAGAAGUCUUUCCUCUGAUGUCCAAUGUAGGGUCCCAUCCUUCCUCCAAAACACCCUGGGGGAUGCAUCUUCUGUCUGCUGUUGACCUCCCCAGCUCGGGUUCGGACGUGGCUGUAGGGGGUGAAGUACAUAGGCCCCCCUGGAGACCAGGAGGCUGGUGCCCUUCCCCUUCACCACCAAGGGUUCCAGAACAUUUAUCUCCUUCACUGGUGAGAACUGGCACAGGAAGAAGCAUGGCCCGCCGAGCCCAGGCCCAGAGCGGCCUGCCCGCUGCAUGUCAUCGGGAGCUCGCCCACAGCUUAUGGCGAGCCAGGCCAUGGGUCCUCAGCCCAGGCAGCUCCAAGGCAGCGCCCUGGCUGCCAGCUGGUUGGGAAUGGGAAAGGCAGUCGUGCCUGCUGAAGACCGGGCAGAAGCUGUGGUGAAGGGCUGGCUGCCAGCAGAGCCAUGCAGGAACCUGUACCCUACAGAGCACUCACUGCCUUUGUUCUGCUACCCCAGACCAAGGUCUGAGAGGCAGGCCGGGCCCUCUCCAACCAUAGCCUCUCCUGCAUGUGCUGGUGGGGGGCUCUCCAUCACUCCAGGCAGCGCCUGGAGCUCCACCAUGACAAGGGGUCUGCACGGGCGCUCUGAGGCCCUGGGGGUAGUUGUCACUGGCUUGAACACCCAGCUCCGCUGGUCCCAGUCUGCGCUGUUGCUCGGAAUCAUCUUUCCUCCUGGCCACAUGCCAGCAAGGCCCUCCUAACCCACGACUGUACCUGGGCUGUUGCCCUCAUCUCUUUGAGGGCAAGUGGCGUCAGAUGCAGGUGACCCCUCCCAGUUAGGCUCUGCACCUGCUGGCACGUGACCCCCACCAUGCUGGGCGGGGCCACUUCCCAGGUCCCAGAGCCAGCCCACGGCCCACACACUCCUUGGUUGGGGGGCCGCUUCCCUGUGUUUUCUUCCUCCUUGGCUGGUGGUGCUACUGUGACCCACCGGGCUGUUCACAUCCUUCUGAUGGGGCUGCUACGCAGAGCCAGGGGAUAAGCCAGAACCAGUGAAAAGACGCUUAUUAAAUAAGUGCUUGAGGCAGAGGUGGUCUCUGGCAAUCCUCUGUGGUUAUGAGAACAUGAGAAGCUCACAGAGAUCCUGCCUUUUUUCCAUGGCCAAUCUGACCUAGCGGUGUCUUGGGCUGGCCACCUUGCCUGGCGGAAGCCAGUUCUAUGUUACCCUAGCCCCUUAGGACGUGCAGGGUAGGACUCUGAAUCUGGACACUAAGCAUGAAUGGCUGUGUCUGGAAGGUUCCCAUGUGUCUCCCUGUCCCUCCAAGUCCUUCUCUUCCCUGAUCUACAGUCCUGGCGGUGUCCUCCAGCAUUUGUAAUGUAAGGUCUGACCAUUGAGAGGCUGUCUCCUCAGGCUCACCACCCCUCCCUGACCUGCAAGGUUAUAACAGUGGCUGUGGACACAGAGCAUAGUGGUCACUCAUAAAGACAUCAGGCUUUUUUUUUCUUUUUUCUUUUUUUUUUCUAAACUGCUGUGUAUAUGUCUGAAGUCUGGGAAAUGCCACACCACGUGGCCACAGGGGAACUGGCUGGUGUCUGAGCCGUGGAGGAGGGCCGGCUGAGCCCUGCUCCACCAGGGCCACUUCAGCUCUCCCUGGAGAUGAGAGCCAGCAGGUGCCUCCCAGAAAUGAAUAGGCGGAGAGAGUGGCAGCCCUCAGAAAGGUCACCAGUGGAAGGAGAAGGGAUGAAAGAAGAGCUUGGUUUUCAGAGUCAUGUGCCUGGGGCCGAGGUGACUGUGAUUUGUGAGGACUUUAGGGCCUGGGAGCUUCUCAAGUAGGAAGCUUCUGACCUCCACUGAGAGCGGGGCCCUGUCCCUGAUGUUCCAUUAGAAGCGCUUCUGGCUGUCUUUGGCAUGACACUCAGCAAGUUCCACACAGGCCACCUUGUGAUCCCACUGGCCACCAGCUCGCCUCUGACCUGUGGUUCCGCAGUAGUCACUGCCCCAGCCUGCCGCAGCCUGUGGCUGCCCAGAGUGACUGCAUUCUGAAAUCUUGGGGACAGGUUUCUCCUCUCUCUCCUCUUUCAAAUCAAAACAGCAAGUCCUGAGGCUGACCGCAGGCAACAGUGACUAGGCGUCCCUUGCUGACAGGGCUGGGGACCCAGAGGGCGCGCCUUGGUGGGAAGAUGACCUCUCCUGACCGCCCUGGGGCCAGGCUGACCCCUCCGAGCUUCCAGGGGAGCUCUAUCCUUUUUCAAAGACGUCACACUACCCUUCCUCUUGUCAGGGCCAGACAAGGGAAGGCUGUUUUCUAUCCUGGGGGGGUUGUUGUAAUUUAAAUGAUUGUUUUAAUAAAAAUUCUAAGCUAUAAAAAGUUC